AUGUGUUCCCCGACUUUUAGUCGCCAGUAAACAGAAGCCAUAAUAUAGCGAGGUAGGUAAGUAAACAUUUGUGACAAAGAAUGCUUAAGUUGGACGAAAUGCAUUAUUGUAAUUGAAGUACUACACGCCAGCAAACAGGAAGAGCACAGUUCUGGCAGUAAAUUGUAAGAAAACACUAUUGGCCUAAGUGAAUAAGGAUGGACGCAGAUGAAGCAGAGUCCUCGGGAUCUGGCGGUCCCAUCUCAUCACUUAACAGCUUAUUCUCAUUCACCAGUCCUGCAGUAAAGAAACUUUUGGGUUGGAAACAAGGUGACGAAGAAGAAAAAUGGGCAGAAAAAGCUGUUGAUUCUUUGGUCAAGAAGCUCAAGAAGAAAAAGGGUGCUAUUGAAGAGUUGGAGCGAGCUCUGAGUUCACCCGGACAGUCCAGUGAUUGUGUCACUAUACCGCGCAGUCUUGAUGGACGGUUACAGGUUUCCCACCGGAAGGGCUUGCCACACGUGAUUUAUUGUCGAGUUUGGAGAUGGCCGGAUUUGCAGUCGCAUCAUGAGUUGAAGCCAAUGGAGAACUGUCGCUUUCCUUUCUCUGCAAAGCAGAAAGAAGUGUGCAUCAACCCAUACCACUAUAAACGGGUCGAGAGUCCAGUGCUGCCACCCGUGUUGGUGCCUCGCCAUAGUGAAUUUGCACCAGGUCAUUCCUUGCUACCAUUUCAGCAGCUUCCUGAGCCCGCAAUGCCCCACAACGUGUCCUAUUCGGCCGGAGGCUUCACAAAUGGGGGUCCUGGAAACCAUCCUCACCUCAGUCCUGGUCCAAAUUCGCCAAUGAGCAGUGUUCCAAGUCCUGGAAGCACCCACUCAAACCCUCAAAGCCCAUAUGGGAGCAAUGGGCUGCCAGAAACUCCUCCCCCUGCAUAUAGCCCCCCUGAGGACAGUCAGCAGGGCCAGUCUGCGGCCUUGGCCGAUCCUUCCGCAAUGGACACUACAAGUAACAUAAUGCCUGAGGUUGCCCCUGUUUCGUACCAGGAACCUCUUUAUUGGGCGGACAUCGCAUACUAUGAGCUAAACUGUAGGGUAGGAGAAGUGUUCCAUUGUCAGACAAAUGUCAUCAUUAUUGAUGGGUUUACAAAUCCUUGCAACAACUCUGACCGAUUUUGCUUGGGACAGUUGUCAAACGUAAACCGCAACUCGACCAUCGAGAACACGCGUAGGCAUAUAGGGAAAGGUGUUCAGCUGUUUUAUAUUGGAGGGGAGGUGUAUGCCCAGAACAAGUCGGACAGUGCCAUCUUUGUGCAGUCUCGAAACUGUAAUCAUCACCACGGUUUUCAUCCAAGUACUGUUUGUAAAAUCCCUCCUGGCUGUUCGCUCAAGAUCUUCAAUAACCAGGAGUUUGCGCAACUCCUGUCUCAGAGCGUUAACCACGGCUUUGAGGCUGUCUAUGAGCUCACCAAGAUGUGUACAAUAAGGAUGUCAUUUGUGAAGGGUUGGGGUGCAGAGUAUCAUCGCCAAGAUGUGACUAGUACCCCAUGUUGGGUAGAAAUUCACCUGAAUGGACCUCUUCAGUGGUUGGACAAAGUUUUGGUGCAGAUGGGGUCACCAAUUAAUGCCAUUUCCUCUGUAUCUUGAGGAGCCCGCUGGUAUGCGCUCUGUGUAGUUUUGAAGCCAGUGUCAUGAUGGUAUGAGGAAGACGUGGUAUUAUUGGUUGUCGUCGUCGGGUGCUACAUGUCUCCGGUUUUCGGACAGGUUGGAACAUUGUGAAUUGAUAUGUUUUAGCAGAAUUUCUGGAUCUAAGGUAUGUUUUUCUAGAAAAGAAUGCAGCUUUUCCAGAAGAUGAAAGGGAAAUUAUUGACUGCGGUUUUUAUAAGUAAAUAAACAUCUCAAAUAUUGCUCCAGGUUUUAUGCCAAGAAUAUCUGUGAAAAUGUUCAAGCUGAAACAGAAAGCACGUAGAUCGGUUGAUGGGGAAACGGCUGCACCCACACUUCGUGCGGCACGCGUUCUCCGCCCAGUCGUGAAUGUCGGACUGUCUCGCGUUGGAACACAACAAAUGUUAACAAUUGAUCUCUGCAAUGAAAAUGCAAAGGGAAGUACAGUAGGGUGAUUUUUAUGUGCUGUAACAUGUUGUCAUUUGCAUCUAGAUAUUUGGCAAAGAUAUUAAUGUGCAAAUCUUUUUUCAUUUUAUUUGUGCACAGUGCGUGUGUGUGUUGCUGCUUUUUUAAUUACAUGUUUUAAAACGGAAUAUGAAUGAAUGUGCAAGAGAAUAUUUGCUUUCUAAUGCAAUCAAAGACUAUUUGUAAUGUAGUUAAUUAAAUUAAACACAGGCCUUACUGGUAAAAAUUAUUAUUGCAAUGGACAACUGUUGACACUCUUAUAUUGCUUGUUUAUAAUUAUAUAAUGCAAUUGUUCCUAAGGUCACAAGAUUUUUUAUUUCCUGUUACUUAGUGCCAUCCUGGUAGAGGGUGAGUGUGAAUGAGUUUUUAUAUUUGCUCUGCAUAUCCUUUUGAUAAUACAGCUAUCCACAAUCAUUUGCAGCGUUAGGUUUCAGAAUGGUCUCGUGUUUUAAAAGAAUGACUGGUUGUGAGAUUUCUGUAUUUUUCGUAGCAUCUUUGGAAGUUGUGGUAAUGGGUGUAGUGUCAGAGGAUGCAGACCUUAAUAUGUGUGUCUCAUAUUUUAGUUUUUGUUGUAAUUUUUUAAUUUAUCAUCAAAGAUUGAUAUGUUCACAGUGUUCCAGGCAUGUGGAGGACAUUUAGUCAUUGAUAUUAAGAAGGUAUAAAUUCACAGAAUAACAUCUUUAACCUCCAUAUGUGUGGAGCACAGUGGUUGUUGUUUGUUUCAUCUUUUAAAAAAAUAGCACAUGUAUAGUGUUCACAAGUAGAUAAAUUAGUUUUGAAGUUAAUUUUAUACAAGUCACUGUUAAAAUAAUAUAAGUGCCUGUGAUUCCUGGCACCAAAUUAAGUGUUCAAUUUACAGCUUUUUAUACUCAUUGAACAGAUGGUUAAAUAUUUUCAGACUUUGAUGUUUUUUGUGCUUUUGUGUUUGCCAAACUGACAUUGCAUUUGUGCGUUAAAGUGUUGUUAUGUCCACUUCAACAGAAUGACAGCAGUUAUGUUUUGUGGUGCCUUUCUGUUAAGCAUAAACACUAGGUCCAUUUUGAGUGCUCUUAUCGAUAGUGAUAUUGUGUGCAAGAACAAUAAGUUACAUGUGUCAAAAGAUUAAAAUUUGAAAACAUUUCCAGAAAGGUUGUGACUUGUGGGCCAGCAGAGCAAUUAGUUUGAGUCAUGGCAAGUUCUGUUCUGACUACCAUUCCAGCUCCAACAUUCAUUAUCUGUCAUUACAUUUUUUAAGAAAAAUAAUAAAGUAUGUAUCAUUGUGCACCUUGUAAUAUGAAAUGCAUACUGAGCUUUCUUUUUAAGAGCCGCAGUAUUUAUCUUUACAUAAUGGGAAGGGAAGAUUUCCAUACUGUCCCUUCAAGAAAGCUUGGUUGUUGUGACGGCGUCUAUAAUGUUGAAUGUUAAUUACAAUCAUCACAUGUACAAGUUGA